UCGAUUUUGAAUGAAGAAAAAGAACGAAAUAUGACAAAAAAUAUACAUUCCACAACGGUUUACACGAUCAAACGUAGAAAUUAGAUAUUAUUUUAAAUAGAUGAUUCAAAUUUUACUCUUAGCAUACACUUAAACAUGAAAAAGAGAAGCACAUCAAACAGUAAACUGACAAGAAAGUCAUCAGUUAGUAGGAGGAAAUCUGUAACGCCUUCAUCAAUAACCAGUGACAAACAAGUGGAUACUAACUAUGUCUCAAAUGAUAAAACUUCCACAGUUCAGGUCAUUACUAGCAGUUCACUCUGUAACAAAAGUGAUGCAUCAUCUACUGACAUUUCUAUCUUGCCAUUAUCAACAACGGUUCUUAAUUCUGAAAAUUAUAAUACAUCAUCUCCUGUGACAUUUACAAGUGAUAUUUUUACCAUUGGUUCAAAUAGUCGUAAAUUAAGCAGAGCAAACACACAAACAACUGAGCUUAGAACACCAGAGGCCUCUCCUUUUGUUAACAGUGAAGUACUCAUGCCAUUGUCAGUGGACACACCCCCAGCUGCAUCACUCAUUACAGCUAAUGACAUUGAUGAUGAUGAUGAUGAUGGUCUACCUGCUACUCAAAUGCUGGAUAACAGGGUAUUGAAAAAUGUAAUAGCCUAUGUAGAAGUGAGAUCUACUAAUGACAACAGAAGUGACGCAAUCCGUAAAGAAUUAGAACAGUUAGGAGCCGCAGUAACAAAGAAAUUCACAGAGGAUGUCACCCAUGUUAUCUUCAAAGAAGGAAGCAAGAGAACUAAGACCAAAGCUGCUAAAAAUAAAUGUCAUCUGGUGUCAGUUCUCUGGGUAGACAGUUGCAAACAGUAUCAAGAACAUGUAUCUGAAAGACUUUACCCAGCUGUACUUCCUACCACAAACAAAGGAACACCUCUUUUUUUGGCAAAACUGAAGAAAGCUAAGUCAAUGCAGCCUAGUAACUUUGAAGAGGAAGUGGCAAACAGUGCUGAAAGAUGCAACAAAAGAAAAAGACAGUUGGUGGAGAAAUUACAGUCCUCUGAAUGUACACCACAAAAUUCUCCUAACCUUGGUAGAAUACUAGUUCAGGAAACCCAACCAAGAACUCCAAUUGACAUCAAUACUCCAAUAAGACUGUUGAUUCCUGACACACCACCAAGUAUGAGAGAAAAGAUGAAGGAAAUAAUGGCAAAGGAGUCAGAUACUCCCGAGAGAGAUAAUGAGGAGGAAGAGCCAUUACAGAGAAGAUUAUUUACUGGAGUUCAAAAUGUCAGCUUUGAAUCCAAUGAUGUUGAUCAUCUAAUGGAUGGUUUAAAUGAUGAAAUCAAAAAAUGUAUAGACAAUAUGCCUGAAUCACCAAUACCAACUACCUCAUUAGAUAAACCAGUAUCUAGUCCAUCUUAUAAUAAACCUAGUCAUUUGUCAGCAUUAACUUCUGGUCUUAAUGCAGAAAAAAAAUCUCCCAAAUCUAAAAAACGUAGGAAAUCUGUGGCCGUUGUAAAGUUUGUUGACGAUGAAGUGAAACCCAAAAGGACAUCAAACAGGAGAAAAUCUGUUGCUACUUUUACACCAUCUAAAACUGUGGACAAAGUUUUGGGAAAGGAUGAAAUUCCGAUAUUGAUAAGACAGCCUUUAUCAAAAAGUUUGAAAGGAAAAAUAAAUGAAUUGUCUCCUGUAGCAAAACAAGCUGAUAAUUCUUCCGUGGAAAAUAUUAAUAAUAAUGCAGAUAAUAAAAAUGUGUCACAGAAAAGAAAAUCAGUUAAUACCAGACGUAAAUCUAUGGUGACCAGCAAGAAAUUACUCAAUAAUGCUGCAAUAGAAAAUGGAAGUUCUGUAGAUAAGUCUGAAGACAAAAAGAUAUCAACAUCCAAAAAUGUAUUAUCAGUUGAUUCAGUUAAUGGACAGUCUUUAGUUCAAGUUUCUUCAAGUAUAGACAUCAACAAUACAUCCAGUCAUUCAGUUCGAAAGAAGGGACCCCCAAGAACUAACAGUAAGAAAAAAUUGCUUCCUUUAUCUGAUUUGGAUCCAGAUUUACCACUGCUGUCAAAAACACCAGAUGCUUAUACACCUACAAGGAAACGUCAAUGGUCAUCUUGUAGUGGGUUAGAAUCUAAUAUUUCUGCACUGUUUCCUAAUCAAUCACCAAAAAGGAAACAACCUCGUAAAGGAAGUCUUUCAGAGAAAAAGUCUGACAGUCAAGAAAUUCAUACCAAUACAGCUAGUAGUAACAAUAUUGUAAUGCCAGAUGAAUUGACAUUACAAGAAACAACAAUCAAUUCUAGUACAGCUACACAAAAUGAUAAUUCAAUGUCUUUGGCAUAUGGUGACUCAAUACUUAGUUCUCUUUCUGGCAGAGUUGUACCCAGGCCAAGUAUAGAUGAGUUUAACUUAGCAAGAGGGAUUAAACACAUGAGAAGACCAAGGCCCAUAUCAACAUCUUCUUACAGAAAAUCAGACACUGACAGCAGUGAUAAUAGUCUACCAAAGAAGAUAUAUAGACGAAGUCCUCCUACCAGACCAUCUCUUGUGAUGACCAGUCUGCAUGCUGAAGAACAGGAUCUUAUAAUAUCUGUUGUGAAGAAAUUAGGACAAUUUGUGAUCUCUGACAAUGUAACAGAAACAUCAACACACUUGAUAUGUGGUGGACCUCGGAGAACAUUAAAUGUUUUAUAUGGUAUAAUGAGGGGGAUUUGGAUUGUACAUAAGCAAUGGGUGUUAUCAUCAUUAGAAGCACAAACAUGGUUACCAGAGGAAAAUUUUGAAGCAACUGAUUAUUUUCCAGUUGCAAAGGUCACAAGAGAAGGCAGAUAUCUCCACAAAGAAAAUUAUAGAUCCCUGUCCUUACAUGAAGUGGGUACAAUUUAUCUGGCACAGAAAACAAGUCCUCCAAGACAUCACCUUCUCAAUCUCUUGAAAUUAUGUGGUGCUAGGGUUAUAAAUAGCCAAAACAAAGCCAGUAUUUACUUGGGACAUGAGUUUUUGCCAGAUAAGAUAUGUGUGAAUCCAGUCUGGAUCUUAGAUUGUAUAACACAGCAACAGCUAUUGAAUGUUGACAGAUAUUUACUUGGUAGACCAAAAAGAGAAAGUAGUCCAGAAUUCUAACAAUGAAAAAGUUCACUAUAUUUUAACAUAUACAAAACAUGAGUGAUCAUGACAUAGUUGUACAAUCUAUUUAUUUAAAAAUGCAAGUUUAAUAACAUUUGGUGUAAUGCAUGUUGGUUUUCUUUAUGUAUUUAUAUAUCUGAAAUUUUAUCAAGGGCACUGACCAAGUCACAGACUGUACCAUUUGCAAGUCAAGUCCCAAAGUUGAAUAUAUAUAGAGAAAAUUCUGAUUUUAAGGAAAACUGAUGAUAAAGAUUGGUCCAUUUGUUAUUUUUAAUCAGCCUGUCAGCUUAAGAAUUGGCCAGUUAUUUGAAUGCAUGUCUGAUAAUAAAACUGAGUUGUUUGAUAUUUCAGUGUACACAAGGUUUUGACACUUACUUAAAUGUAUUUUGCUUGAGGAUUGAUAGGAUUAAUCAAAAGAUGUUAUAGUAGACCCCCAACAAUCAAGAAACUGUUUUGGUUUAUACUGGAAAUUCUUUUUUCAUUUAUCUUAGAGCUGUUCCAUAAAAACAUACAUGGGACCCAGGGAAGGCACUUUGAAAUGGCAACUAUGGGUGGGUGUUACAAUUAUUUUGAACAAUGAAAAUGUAAAGAAAAGUUCUAAAUUGCCUCUAUAGUUGGUUACUUCAUUUUUAAAGUGCCUUCCCUGGGUACCAUGUAUGUUUUAAUGGAACAGCCCUUAUUAUAUGUGUAGUUUCUUAGUCUUGUUCUUUACUUCUUAAAAUAAUCCUUGUACCUGUUGAUGUCUCUUACUUUUCUCCUUAUUGUCCUUAGAAGAAAAUUGACUUCUCCCUAGAAGACUUUAUGUACUGAUUUCCAUGACUUGAGUAUAUAAAAAAUGUUAUUAAGUACUGUUUUUAACCUACAGUUUAUAGUUAGAAUACAUAACAGGUACAGUGAAUAUUGCUGUAUAGAAUUAUCAAGUGUUCUAAUUUGAUUGAUAAAUGAUAUUAGAUUUUUUUAAUUGAUAUUUAAUAUAUAAUUAUCAAAUAUUAUAUGAAAACUUAUCGUUACAACUGCAAACGAUUUGAAUAAGUUAUUAUUUUUCUAUUUACAAAAUUUUUAAAAUGUUGUUAUAUAUUUAUUCAAUCUACUUAUUAGUAGAUCAUAAUGUUUAAUGCAUGCAUGAGGGGGGGUUGGAGAAAAAAGAAAAAAGAAUUCCCGGAUCCCGAAAGGAUCAAUCCCGAAAUCCCAAGCCUAAAAACACCCAAUCCCGGAGUCCCGACAAAGGUCCGACCCCCCUCAUGCAUGAGUAAUAAGGUAAUUAUUUAGGGUUUGAUUUUUAUGCCUCGCCUACGAUAGUAAAGGAGCAUUAUGUUUUCAGGUCCUUGUAUCUCCUGUAUCAGGUUAAAGAUUUGGUUAAGAGUACUUUUUGGUCAUAUAUGUCAAAUUAGGGUUAUAACCCAGUUUUCACAGUUCACUUAACAUAGAAAUGUGAUAAGUUAAAAUUUCAGUUUAAGGAAGGUUAAAAAGUUUUGGUUUAAGGUAGGUUAUAAAGUUUUGGUUUAAGGUUUGUUUGUGGUCAUUUUAACUUAGUACAUAUAAAUGUUCAUUAUCAAGGGAACUGUAUAAUAUAUAUCUGAGAUUAGGGUUUUUGAAUGAAGCACAAGUAAUAUGAAUUUAUCAUAAAUAUAUGUCAGUCAAGUUUAUAAAAAAAAACAUGAAAUACCUUCAUAACAUUUAAGAGUAAAAACUGACACAUAAAGAAGUACACAAUGUAUUGAAUUGAAGAUAAGUUUGUCAAAUAUAAUUGUACAGAGUCAAUCAACAUCAUUAAUUUUGACCUUUAUAACUAUGUAUUUGUUAUUAUGAAUUAAAACUGUUAACAAAUGGACUGCAUUGCAAUCUUUAAUGUGCAAGUGUUU